UUAUUAGAUUCGUGUUCUUGUUUUUCCUGUGUGGUUUCCUCAAUAGGGUUUCAAACUCAAACCCAUAGGGAGUUCUAACAGUUGUUGCUAAUGUUCCAUCCUUUUCUGUCAUCCGUUCUUGUUUUCCUUCGAUUUCUGAUCUAAUAAAGGAACACUUAAGGGGUCUGGCUCAGGCUUUGGCAUCAUCCGAUCUGAUUUCAUUUACGGCUCUAGGGGACUGGGAGUCAUAUAAAACUAAUCUUUCUUUACCAGAAAAGGAAACAAUCUUUUCCUUGAGAUUUAUGGCCUACCAACCUAAUGUUACAACUGACAAACAAAUCAAUGAACACCCAAUUACCCAAAUAAUAUUAAGAAAACGGGAAAAAGGGGUGGGGGAUGACAAGAAAACUAGAAUAUGUGAUAGCAGAGUAGUAUCUUUGUAUUUCUAUCUCUAUUGUAUUCAUUGUGUGGAGAGGCACAAGUCGGCGAAGAGCAUCGGCGAUUUCUCUCCAUGUUGCAUCAUGGUUGGUUUAGACUUUAUAUGGACUUCAGUUACUGGUUUUAGUUUGAAAUCGGCGAUGCUCGUCACCGGCUUGUAGCCCUUGCUCUUCACGGAGAAAAAUUGAUUUGGGGAUGAAGGAGCUCAGUAUUGAUUUGAAGAUGGAGUUCAGAUUCGAUUUGGGGUUAGGGGGUUAAGAGAGGGUAUAUUAGGUACUUCACUUUUUAGAAGGGUAUUUUGGUAUUUAGAAAAAAAUAUACCAGCUGAUGUCAGCAUUUAAGGUAUAUUCCCUAACAGAGAUUGACGGUAGAGGGUCUGAAUGUAAUUGUGAAUUAUGCAGGGGGUGUUUCUCUAAUAGUGACAUUCUCUAGGGGGUAAAACUUUAAAUUUCCCUAUUUAUAAUAACAGAGAGAAAGUUCUAGAGAAUUACAAAGACCAUUAAACCCCUUAGGUUCCGUUUGGUAACUGACAUUUUCCCUAAAACCCAUUACAAUAUAUAGAUAUGUAUAAUAAAAAAUUAAAAAAAAGGAACUUGUAUUUCAUCCCAAUGAACAUAUAUUUUUUACUAUAGGACAAUUGUGUGACCGACAUAUUCUGUAAAUGGUUAAAGGAAAAUUCUAUAGGACAACAUAAGACUGACUAUAAUGUAUGGGGUGGAAUGUUGGGUAGUGAAGAAGCGCAAUAUAGAUAAGCUAAGUGUAGCAGAGAUGAUGAUGGAUGUGUAGGAAAACUAGGAGGGAUAAAGUAAGAAAUGACCAUAUUAGAGCUUUGAUUUGGGAGUUGCCACGAUGAUGUACAAUCUCCGAGAAAGUCGUUUGAGGUGGUAUGGCUAUGUUCAACGAAGGCCUUGAUAUGCACUAGUAAGGAAGAGUGAACAGAUGUCGAUAGAAGGAGCUAAAAGAACUAGAAGCAGGCCUAAAAUGACCAUAGGAGAAAUAGUGAGGAAAGAUAUGCAGAGGUUAGGUCUUGACUCUAUGACCUCAAAUAGAGCUGUUUGGAAAGCAAGGAUCAAUGUAGCUGACCCCAUUUAAGUGGGAUGUUUCAGAGGUGUUGCCGUGUUCCUUUCUUUUUUACUUUUAUUAUUAUUUUACCCUCUCACGGAUCCAUGUAGCUGACCCCAUUUAGGUGGGAAAAGGCUGAGUAGUAGUUGUUGAAAGUAUAUUCUUAACUGAUGUGAUUGGUACCAUGUUUGUUCAGAUAGAGGCUGUCAUGAAUGACUUCAUUCAGCUGAAACCUCAGUCUAACGUUUAUGAGGCUGAAACAAUGAUUGAAGGAACUCUUGAUGGAUUCUCGUUUGACUCAGAAGAGGAAGCAGAGAAGAUGACUAAAUCAAAUGCUCAUCAGAUUGAUCAGAACAAUGAAGGGGAGGAACAAACUGCGGGGAAGAACAAGGGAAAAGUUGAGAAAGCAUUGGGAGUGAAUCAGAAGAAGGGAAAAAUGGCUGGAAAGUUGCCAAAGAAGGGGAAAAAGAAAUCUCAAGCUCCAAAGAAAGCAAAAUCUGCCAAGAAAUGAGAGAGAUUACAUAACCUAUGCUGAUGUGCCCUUGGGGGAAAGUGUUGGAUUCACUGCCCAGAAGGGAUUAUACACAAUUACACAUACGGACGAAAGGAAGAGAGGAAAUAGGCGCUGCAAGAUGGCCCUGGUUUCUCUUCUGUAUGUUCCUCUUUUUCUCUUUUUUUUUCUUUGAGGGAGGUGGGUAUAGUGGGGGUGUUUGCGGUGUUGUAAAGCUUCCAAUGAGAUGAGGCCUUUAAAUUUGAUUCUUUUACAGGAAUUGAUCAACUGAUACACGAGGUUGCCACAUUUCGGCUGUAACUGUAGACC